AAUGUGCCCUACAACACCCUCCACAAAUGGCGCUGUCACACACAAACACGAGGCGGCUCAGAGGAUCACUAAACUACUGCCUGGUGGCCAAGAGCCUGACUCGACACCAAAGCGAUCACUUCUAUGGAAAGGCUCUGUAGAAGAGCUUCUGGGCUUCCGCCUCCAAGACAUCCCGACAGAAGAAAGUUGGUGGUUGGCAAGAAUCCAUCCAGAAGACUUGUUUGAUGUCGUCAACAGCCUUUCCAAGAUCCUGGCUCCAUCGCCAGAAAAGCCAUAUGCUUCCGAGGCUAGGAUUUGGACACACGAUUAUCGCUUCAAACACGCAAAUGGACGAUUCCUUCUAAUCUCAGAGAGGUCGAUCGUGGAUAGAGAUGAAAGUGGCAAUGUGCUUUGCAUGGCGAGCACAAUUUUUGAUGCCGAAAAGCGAAAAAUCGAACGAAAAGCACACAGGGAAUUCCUGGACUCGAGGGACCAAUUCGCGCUCAUUGCGAACAACACGCCAUCCGGUAUCUGGAUGAUGGACCCACAGGAGUCAAUCACAGGAUUCAAAUUCGAAGAGAUUGCAGGCUGGACUUUCCAUGCAGUAAAAAAGUUGGAGCGGGAACGGUUAUCAGCAAUCGUCCAGAAUGAGCAACAAUCGGUGCUUAUCAAGGCAUCCGAACAUCACAAGGAGAAUAUGGCUUCGUUCGUUUCUUUCGUGUGCCACGAGCUACGGAACCCACUUCAAGGAAUCUCAAGUGCAACAACGUUAGAAAAAUUAGACGUCUUGACAAACAGCAUCGAUGUCGACAGCUCGAAAGUCAGGGGCACGUCAGAUGGAUUCACGGAUGGCUAUCAGAGCAAGACUAAUAGAAACCCAGAUGGCGAUUUGACUUCCACGAAAGAAGCUAUUCGUGGUCUGGUUACAUAUGCCCAGGAACUUGUUGUAAGCAUUCUAUUCUUCACGGGCUUUAGCAGCGAGCUUACCGUGUCCAACAGUNCCAACAUUGCAGUCUGUGCUUCGCAUCAGGCUCUCAUUACGAAUAACGUUCUGGAUCUAAGCAGGCUCGAUGCUGGCAAGGUAGAGCCGUCGUUUGACGUUGUGGACUUACGCGCACUCGCCAACAAGGCUGUUGGAAUGAUGGUCUCGAGAGCACGCGUGAAGUCUAUCAACCUGCGACUGGCGAACGACGAUGCUCCUCCUUUGUAUCUGAAGGCAGACUCGACCCUCAUGUCCCAAGUCUUGUUAAAUUUGAUAGGCAAUGCCUCUGAGCAGUUCACGCCUGAAAACGGCAAUAUUGUAGUCGAGAUAUACUCAGGACCUCCAGAUGAAGAUGGACGAGUAAUCUUCCACGGCUCGGUCAUCGAUGAUGGUGUGGGAAUGACGGAAGCCGAGCAACAGAGACUAUUCAAGCGCUUCUCGCAAGCCAACAAGCGAGUCGCGCAGACCUACAAGGGCUCAGGAUUGGGUCUGAGCAUCAGCAAGGAGAUUGUCAAAGUCUUGGGCGGUGACAUGGCUGUCAAAAGCACUGCAGGCAUUGGCAGCACGUUCAGCUUUUCUACCAUGCAUGAUCAUCCAACCGAGAGCGAGUUGGCUUCGUUCCUUGAAUCAGGAAGCGAUGGGGUUACUGCUGUUGCCACAGACCUCGAAAAGUUCGAGAUGAGCAACUCUGCUUCGAUAGCACCGACGCCCAAGUUCAAAAAGAUUUGCGUGGCGGAGGACAACCCGUUAGUGCAAUAUAUUGCCAACGAUAAUGCCUUGGGAUACGACCAUGUCCUAUGCAACAAUGGCAAAGAAGCAUUAGACAUCUUCACACAACCCGAGUCCGACAUUGACGCUGUCAUCAUUGACAUGAGCAUGCCAAUCAUGGACGGCCUCGAAGCAACACGCCUAAUGCGCGACCACGAAGUCUCCCACCCAAACAGCAACCCCNGCCGCAUACGCAUACCCAUCAUCGCUCUAUCGGGCAAUGCCAUGAAAGAGCAAGUCGAAGAAGCCAUGCUGGCAGGCACGAGCGACUACAUGAUCAAACCUUGCAAGAGAGCGCAACUAAAACUCAUGCUCGAACAUUGGGAGCGUACUCUGCAUGAUGGGUCUGCUCACACGCCGCUGGUCGUUAAG